AUGUGCAAAUACCACUACAUUUCCCCCAAGCAAUACGGCUGUGGCCACCAAUCCACCAACAAACCCGGCUCCGGCUCCUAUCUCGUUCGCUGCCCGGCCGCAUCUCCGCCCAAAGUCUGCAAAGCCGCCGACUUCGACCGCGAGCUUAUCUAUGGCUACUGCCCAGACUGCGAGGCACGACAUGCGGCGAAGAGGCGAGAGAAGGAAGAGAGCGCUGCUCUUGCGGCACUUCCUACUGCCCCGGCUUCUGAUAUGGAGCAACUUGCUCCUCCACACAUUCUUUCCCCGCAACCUUCCUCGCCUGUUCUGCCACUUUCCCACCCUGAACCUCCCUCCCCGCGAUCUUGUUCGCCCAACUAUGAUGUGUCUCCGCAUGUCGCAUCGCCGCCCUUUGCUUCUUCUUCUUCUUCUUCUUCUUCUUCUUCUUCUUCUUCUUCUUCUUCUUCUUCUUCUUCUUCUUCUUCGUUUUCUCCCUUUACUACGGCGUGUGCUGAUGUACGACAGCAUACCGAGCCAGCACGUCUGCGCCCUUCCCGGUCCGCUUCAAUCAUAAAUGUCUUUCUGGGCACCAUGGCUGCGCACCUUUCCACUGCCGAGUAUAGGUGUAAUCGAUGCUCGCUUCCGGAGGAGAUGCUCGUGAGGGUACACUCCCGAGACAGCGACACACGGUCUGAGGUGGGGUUUGGGCCAUGA